CCAUGUCUGCUCGACUUCUCUUGUUACUACUCAGGUCCUACUCUCACAACUCAUGCUUCAUGAGCGCACGCACAUGGAAAAAAACAUGGAUUCCCAUUUACACAAACUGGCUCUGUUGUCGCUCCCUCAAUGUGGACAGCCCCCCGCACGUCCCCACCCUGACCAGCAGCUAUGUCCACGGCACCUCCUCUGUCUCCCUGCUCCCUCUGACCGUGGGCCAGAGCCUGGACGCCGCAGCCCGUCACUGGCCCCAACGGGAGGCCCUGGUCUUCCUACAGGACGGCAUACGCAAGACCUUCGGCCAGUUUAAACAGGAUGUUGACAAGGCAGCUGCAGGCCUGCUGGCCCUGGGUCUGAAGAGGGGAGAGAGGCUGGCAGUUUGGGGGCCUAACACCUAUGAAUGGCUCCUCUUCCAGUUUGCCUCUGCCAAGGCUGGCAUCAUUCUGGUAUCAUUGAACCCAUCCUAUCAGCUGAAGGAAGUGGAGUUCACCCUGAGGAGGGUCCAAUGUAAAGCAGUGGUGUGUCCAACCCAGUUUAAAACCCAGAGGUUCUGUGAAAUAUUGAGGGAGAUCUGUCCAGAGAUGGACUCAGCGUCAGCAGGCUCGUUCAAGAGUGCCAGACUGCCAGACCUGUGCAUGGUGAUCUUGACGGACAGCAGACUGCCAGGCAUGAUCCACGUGGAUGAUGUGAUGCAGGCAGCGUCCAGACUGCAUCACCAGGAGGUGCAGGCUCUGCAGAGCUCACUGUCCUUCGACGACCCCAUCAACAUCCAGUUCACAUCGGGCACGACCGGAAGUCCGAAAGGCGUCACUCUCUCCCAUCACAACAUCGUCAACAACGCCUAUUUCAUGGGCCUGAGACUAGGGUUCGGCUGGAGGCCUCAGGUGCGGGUGUGUAUUCCGGUGCCCAUGUACCACUGCUUUGGCUCCGUGCUGGGAGGGAUGUGCAUGGCCGUGCACGGAGUCACGCUGGUCUUCCCCUCCACUGACUACAGCGGCUGGGCCAGCUUGCAGGCCAUUCAGGAGGAGAGGUGCACAUUUGUUUAUGGGACACCCACCAUGUACAUUGACAUGCUCGGGCAGCCUGAUUUCGACAAAUACGACCUGUCCUCUGUUGAGGCUGGGCUCAUGGGUGGAUCUCCAUGUCCUCAGGAGGUGAUGAAGAAGCUGAGGAGGGACAUGAACGUGAAGGAGAUGAUGAUAGCGUACGGUACCACGGAGAACAGCCCUGGGACGUUUCUGGGUUUCCCAACGGACAACGAGGAACUGAAGAUGAACACCGUCGGGUGUAUCCUGAAUCACACAGAGGCCAGAGUGGUGGAGCCCUCUAGUGGACAUUUGGUGCCGGUUGGAGCCUCUGGAGAGCUUCACAUCAGAGGCUACUGCGUGAUGCGAGAGUACUGGGACGACCAGGAGAACACCAGGGCGUGCGUGUCCACAGAUCGCUGGUACAAGACCGGGGACAUCGCCAGCCUGGACGGGUUAGGAUACUGCCGUAUCGAGGGCCGCAUCAAGGACAUGAUCAUUCGGGGAGGGGAGAACAUCUACCCUGCCGAGAUCGAGCAGUUCCUCCACGCCCACCCCAAAGUCCAGGAGGUGCAAGUGGUCGGAGUGAAGGAUGAGAGGCUGGGAGAACAGGUGUGUGCUUGUAUCAAGCUGAAGGAGGGCCAAACCUGUAGUGCGGAGGAGAUCCAAGCUUUCUGCAGCGGCCAGAUUUCUCACUUCAAGAUCCCCCAGUAUGUGGAGUUUGUGGAUGGAUAUCCUCUGACAGCCUCCGGGAAGAUCCAGAAGAACCAGCUGAGAGAGGCCCUUGAGAAGAAACUGAGCCUGUGACACCUAGGAUCUGAGAGUGGGUCAAGCUGCAGACCCACAAGGCUGGAAGGCUGGAAGACUGGGGCCUGUGAUCUGCUUAAGGCUAUAUCUGUUUGGGCCUGCUUGUCUAUACUCACAAUGUGAAGAAUUUGGUCAAUGUUCCCACCCUAAAACGUUCCUUUUUUACUACAUUGCGUAAAUUCUUUCCCUGAUUAUAGUUUCACACUUCAACGUUUUGUGAAUUGUGACAAGCAAAAUCAAACCAUCUGCUCAGAAUUCAUAUCUUUAUUUCAUUUAUUUAUUUUUAAUAGACUGAACUGAUUGCACGUAACAUCAUUUUUAACCGUUGUACAAUUGUAAAACACACAUUCUUCUUUCAAAACAUGCUAUAGAGAAUCUUAAAUAAAUAAAGCUGUAAUGCCAAAUGUCAAUAUGUACAAACGUGGUAGGCAACGUUACAAUUCUUAUAAGGCUACAAUAUAUACAUGGGAACAUAGCAACCAGCCCACAGGUUGCUCACGGCAACAAGAUGUUAGCCAAAGUUGACACAUACUAUUUGGAUUAAGUGCCCCAAAUGACGAUGGUAAAAGUCUGCAAAGAUAAUGGGGAGACCAGGUCAUGUAGAGUCUAAUGGAUUCAAACUGCCAGAAUGGGUUGUUUGAUGAAUAACAAGCCUAAAUAAUAUCAAAUCCACAAUAAUAAAAAAAAGCAAGAGGCACAUCAAGAGGUUCACAAAAACACAGGAUCAAUCAAACAGGGUGCCUUGUGACAAAACCCACUAAUACCAACUGAUGUAGUCCAACUGACCUAUCCUGCGAAGGGAUCCACGUUCAAAAUAAUAAAUACUGUAUUCGGUUCAGCGGCGUUAGCCUGCUACUUCAUGAAAUGGAAUAUACUGUGAACCCUUAUGGGGGAGACGAAAGGUAGCAAGAAACGUCCCUGAAAUGUCAUCAGCCAUCUUGCUCGUCUCCCUAGCCUGAACAUGGAGAUAUCCAGGAUCAGUGUAGGUUCAGUCCCAUGGGGACGGCCACGUGGAGGAUCCUGGGAGUUUGCCCACCCCCCCUGGGUCCCCGGCUGCUCUGCAUCCAGAGGAGGAGCAGCAGGUCUAGCCCACACGUGGCUCUGAACACAGGCAACAUUCACCUCAGUCCUUCUGGGCGCGUGGGCCCCCUCACCCAGCCUCCGCCGACCCCACACCACGCACAUUUGUGCAAGCAAACACAUAGGCCAUAUCAAAGCAUACAACACAAUUUGAGGAACUUUAAACGGAUCCCUUUUAGGUGUUUUUUUUUUUUUUGUAGUUUUUUUUUUUAAA